ACCACGCGGUCCACGCCUGAGCAGAAAUGAUGGAACAGGAUCCUGCACAUUCGAAAUCAAAGGAGCCGGAAACACUCACUGGACGUCUUCAAGCCUGAACUGUUGCAGAGAUAACCUUGGUGCCCACUCAAUCGGAGGAUUUGUGGAAAGCUUCUCAAGUACACAUGUAUGCAGGUUCUGUCUUGGAGAAAAAUCCCAGUUCCAAGUAACAAAACGGUCAACAGUAAAUUUGACUGUGCUGAGGGAAGAUCUUAAGAAAGCACUGGAAACAAAACUCCCUGAUGCCCCAAUGUCUCAAUUACCCAAACUCCGCAUCAUUCUUCAGGACCAUGACAUUCGCAAACUGGACUUGCCUCAUGGAAUCCCUGGGACUGUGGCUGAACUUGAAUCAAUUGUGAAAGAGACAUUUGAGCUUAACGGGAACUUUACUUUGCAUUAUAAGGAUGCAGGUUUUGGAGAUGAAUAUUUUUCUCUUACCUCAACAAGUGAACUCCAGGACAAGGACACAAUAAAGGUGAUUCACGUUGUUGAACCUCCCACAUAUACUCUGACGUUUACUGAUCUGGACAGCACCAUUGAAAAUGAGACUUCCAUCCAUACCUCUGACCAUCCUUCAGUGACCUCCAUCAGUCCUAACAGCAGUUGCUCUACUGGAUCGGCUGAUACAGUCAUCCUCUCAUCACCUGAACACACAACUCGGCGUUCUCAGUGUUGGCCUACUGAAUUUCCAAUACCUCGUUUUGCCUAUGACACAGAACUUGUGCUAGCGUCAAGAAAUGAAGCUUUCAAAAAGGAUGGAAUUUAUCUGGUAUUCACCUCAAUCCUCCAAGAUAUCCUUGAGAAAGUGGCUGAAACUGUCUUUCAGUAUGUGGCCUACCCAACAAAUGCACAAUUGUCUGAUGUUGCUUUAGCACUAGUUCAAAAGCAUCCAUCCCUUAAAGAGCCGGGAUCAUAUAAUGGAUGCUAUGGAUGGCUACAAAGACUAAAAUAUAAAAUGGGAAAUUAUAGAUCAAAACUGAGAGGGUUAGGAUGUCCUGAAGUUGAUGUGAACUCUAUCAGAAAGAAGAGAGCACAUGACCGAGCACCUGCAAAAAAUAUAAAAAAGCCCAGAAGGGCAGAGGUGAACUAUUUACCCCCUCACCCACAAGGAGAAACUGAAGGAAGCUUGGAAAAUGAGAGACUGAACCUGUUUGAUGAAGUAAACAAGAGGGACAACCAUCAGAUCAUCACGGAAAAGAUGGCGAAGACUUUCUCCAUUCGUAGGCAAGAAAUCGUCAAUGAAGCACCAGCAGUCAGUGACUUGAUAGGCCGAUGGCCUGCUCUUUUUGAUGCAGCUCAGAUAAAUGAAGAAUUCAAACGCAUCUCUACCAUUAACCUGGAGCCGACAUUCAUGGCCAAACUGGACCAGUACUCCCCCAAAAUAAUGGCCUUGGUGUCCUCAAAAGGAGGGGCUGCAAAAAUAAAUAUUCAGCGAAUAAAGAACAUGUUGCUAGAGGAUGAUUCUGUGGAAAUGAGAAGAGAGGUUGCUAUUCGUGCCCUCAUUGUGUUCCUGAAAGAAAAGGAGGAAGACCUCUUCAAAGAGGAUGAUGGGGACAUUACCAACGACCUGAUGAAGAUUGUCAUAGCAAGAAGUGCCACACCAUCUAGCGCAAACAUUGUGAUUGAGGGAACCGAAGUCCUUGCAUACCUGAAUGUACCCAGAGCCUGUGCCUUGCUAAUGGGGCUGAUCUACUCGCUCAACCUAAGCUAUCCAAGGGAGUUGAGGCAUACUUUUGAGGUAUUUCAAAAGAUAUUCCUUGAGCUGGAUGGUCUGAAAGCUAGCCCAAGGGUAAUGUCUCUAAAAAAUAAGCUGCUGUGCUAAAAAUGUGAAGAAUUAAACUGCUGUCAUUGAGUUCCUCAGAAAAUGUAUCAAUAAUAUGACAAGUUUUGUUGUUCAUACAGAAGUCUUGCACUGUUGGCAUGCAAUUUAAUUUGUUUUAAUCCAAUUCUGUAUUUUUUUUGUAUUUGUAUUGUUUUUUUAAGAAAAGCAAAAAGGUACAAAGUAAAAGUUCCAUUGCCUUACAAGUUCCUUUUCCAUACUGUAAGUUGAAUGAUCGGAAAACUAUAGCCCAAAGGUAAUGUAUCUAAAAAAUGUACAGAAGUCUUGCACUGUUGACAUGCAAUUUAAUGUUUUAUUAAUCAAAUUCAAAUUGUUACUAUUAUUAUUUUAUUUUAAGAAAAGCAAAAAGGUACAAAGUAAAAGUUAUAUUGCCUUACAAGUUCCUUUUUAUAUAUGCUCCUUAAGUUGAAAGAAAACUUAAGCUCAAAGGUAAUGUAUCUGAAAAAUGUUACUCAGGAAAUGUAUCAAAGUUUUGUUGCUCAUACACAUAUAAAUAACACUGCCUCUUGGAAUUGAGUGUUCCAAAUCUGAUUUAUUUUAUUAUUUUAUUUUAAGAAAAGCAAAAAGGUGCUUACAUUUUCUGCAAAGGACAAUGUGCAAAAUGAGGCAAUGUUUUGUUUUUUGAUGCUUAGUCAGACUAAGAAUGUU